GUGACAGAAAGGAAGAAAAAAAAAAACCUACUAGGCAGGCAAAUGAAGCCAGCAAAUCAGUAGCAAGUGAUCAGUGAGCAAUAGGGGAGACGCAAGAAAAGAGCUUUAAGUCAGUGGGAGGAAGGAGAAACUACUCAGAGAGUGGGAGAGAAGGAUAAUCGAAUGGGAAAGCAGGGAGAUCAAAACAGCAUGAAGGGAUACCCUGAGGGAUUUCACCAAAGAGAGGCGGAUACUUUACAGCUGGGAAAGAUGCAGCCUCCAUAUAAGUCAAUGUAGACUAGCAGCAGUCCAGACAAGUGCUAAUCUUCAUGUGCAUGCUCUUUAACUACAGCAAGACACCGAAGCCUGGAGAUGAGGACAUGAUGGCAUCUUUGCAGUCCGCAUGGGAUAUUCUUAUACACUUUUCUAUUGAUUUGAGUUCUUUAUCUCUUCAAAGCUCCUAGAAAUUGAUAAAAAAAAAAAAACAAGACCAUUCAGCCAUAUACUUUGAAAAACAGAUUGUACGAAGAAUAUUCAAUCUUUUACCUUUCUCCGUAAAUCUUUCUCAUUAAGUUUUACCUGAAAAAAAAAUAAUAAUUUGGAGAAUCUGCAAACUUAACUUGUGGAUAUUAGAACAUUGACAUUGCACCAAGGCUAGGAAAACACUGGUAAUAAAAAGUGGAUGACUUAUAGUGUGAGCCAAAGGAAGGGCAGCACACUCGAAUCAAUUGUCCGCAUCUGUGAACACAACUGCAUACAUCCCUUUACCAAGGCGGUGAAAGUGGAAUAAAGAGCAUGGAAAGAAAAGUGUGAGACAGGACAUGAUGGCAUAAAAUAUGGCUCAGUUUUACUACAGAAGUAAAGGUAACAGUUCUCAUUUCCAAGAUCGGAUCCCUCUUCGCAUUGUACGCUCAGAAUCUGAACUCUCCCCCAAUGAGAAAGCUUAUCUGGUUUCAGUGGAGAAAGGCGACUUUGCCAGCGUGAAGCAAGCUCUGGAAGAAGCGGAAAUUUAUUUCAACAUCAAUAUUAACUGCAUUGACCCCUUAGGAAGAACAGCUCUAUUAAUUGCCAUUGAAAAUGAAAACCUUGAACUGAUCGAGCUAUUGCUGAGCUUUAAUGUCUAUGUCGGAGAUGCUUUACUGCACGCCAUAAGGAAAGAAGUGGUUGGAGCAGUUGAGUUACUAUUAAAUCACAAAAAGCCAAGUGGAGAAAAACAGGUCCCGCCAAUACUUUUAGAUAAGCAGUUCUCUGAAUUUACUCCAGACAUCACUCCAAUCAUUUUGGCGGCUCAUACAAACAACUAUCAAAUAAUAAAGCAUCUUGUUCAAAAAGGCGUCUCAAUCCCCAGGCCACACGAGGUCCGCUGUAACUGUGUGGAAUGUGUUUCGGGAUCCGAUGUGGACAGUUUACGACACUCUCGAUCGAGACUUAACAUCUAUAGGGCAUUGGCGAGCCCCUCUUUAAUAUCGCUGUCAAGUGAAGACCCUUUCCUCACGGCAUUCCAACUGAGCUGGGAACUACAGGAAUUGAGUAAAGUAGAAAAUGAGUUUAAGUCUGAGUAUGAGGAGUUAUCCAAGCAAUGUAAACAGUUUGCUAAGGACCUGCUGGAUCAGACGAGAAGCUCGAGAGAAUUGGAAAUUAUUCUCAAUUACAGGGAUGAUGGUAGCAUAUUGGAGGAGCAGAAUGGAAAUGACCUUGCCAGGUUAAAAUUGGCAAUUAAGUAUCACCAGAAAGAGUUUGUUGCUCAACCUAACUGUCAGCAGCUGCUCGCUUCCCGCUGGUAUGAUGAAUUUCCAGGCUGGAGGAGACGACAUUGGGCAGUGAAGAUGGCGACAUGUGUAAUAAUAGGACUACUUUUCCCUGUCUUCUCUGCGUGUUACUUGAUAGCUCCGAAAAGUAACCUCGGACUUUUUAUUAGGAAACCAUUCAUCAAAUUUAUCUGCCACACUGCAUCACAUUUGACUUUCCUGUUCUUCUUAUUACGGGCUUCACAAGAUGGAUACAACAAUAACAGACCGGGCCCUGCACCAGCCCCCAUUGAAUGGAUGAUAUUACCGUGGGUUUUGGGUAUCAUAUGGGCUGAAAUUAAACAGAUGUGGGAUGGAGGAUUUCAGGAUUACAUCCAUGACUGGUGGAACCUAAUGGAUUUUGUGAUGAAUUCAUUAUAUUUGGCCACUAUUUCAUUAAAACUUGUUGCAUAUUUUCAGUACAAUGAUAAAGAAUGUGAACGUAAUGACUGGGACAUGUGGCAUCCGACCUUAGUGGCAGAAGCAUUAUUUGCUAUAGCAAAUAUUUUUAGCUCAUUGAGAUUGAUCUCAUUGUUCACAGCCAAUUCUCACCUGGGUCCUCUACAGAUCUCUUUAGGAAGAAUGCUAUUGGACAUUUUAAAAUUUCUCUUUAUUUACUGUCUUGUGUUACUGGCAUUUGCCAAUGGAUUGAACCAAUUGUAUUUCAACUAUGACACGACUGACGAUAACAAACUGAACUGCACCGGAAUUCGAUGUGAAAAGCAAAACAAUGCCUUCUCCACGUUGUUUGAAACAUUGCAGUCCCUGUUUUGGUCAAUUUUUGGACUCAUCAAUCUUUAUGUUACAAAAGUCCAAGCUAACCACACCUUCACAGAAUUUGUUGGUGCAACUAUGUUUGGAACCUACAAUGUCAUCUCGCUGGUCGUUCUUCUUAACAUGCUUAUUGCCAUGAUGAACAACUCCUACCAGCUCAUUGCUGAUCAUGCAGACAUUGAAUGGAAGUUUGCAAGAACAAAGCUCUGGAUGAGUUACUUUGAAGAAGGAGCGACACUUCCUACUCCCUUUAAUAUCAUUCCAAGUCCAAAAUCUCUGUGGUACCUAUGUAAAUGGGUUCGGAAGCAAAUAUGCAAAAAGUACACAAAAAAAAAGCCUGAAAGUUUUGGGGCAUUAGGGAGAAGAGCUGCAGACAAUCUCAGAAGACACAACCAAUAUCAGGAGGUUAUGAGGAAUCUUGUUAAGAGAUAUGUUGCUGCAAUGAUCAGGGACGCUAAGACUGAAGAAGGGUUAACAGAAGAAAACUUUAAGGAACUAAAGCAAGAUAUUUCCAGCUUCAGGUUUGAAGUCUUGGGAUUGUUAAAGGGAAACAAAUUAAAUCUUCACAACACUAAAAUGAACAAUGUAUCAGAGGAAGGGGAAGAGAAAUCUAAACCCAAGGAGAAGAAAAGUAGAACACAGAAGAGCAACUUCAGCUUUUUUGACAUAACCACGAUGAUUCAUCCUAGAACGGCAGAGAUAACAACCGAUAAGCAUAACAAUGUGAGCAACGGCUCUGCUCUGCUAGCUUCAGAGACUAAGGAAAAGCCGAAGAAAAUUCAAUUUGCCAAAGACAUAAAAAGCUUUGGGCUUUUUCACAGACAUGUAAAAAAUGCUAACAUAGACCAGAGCUCUUCUAAAAUCUACUCAGUUUCCGAGGAAGUCCCAGAGCCAGAAAUAUCUAGUCCGACAGAAAAAACAUUGAAUUCUGUAAAAAGUCAAGAACUUACCUCUGAAUUAAAUGUUAACAAACUGAAUGAACAAUGCAGUCAAGGUAAUAGGGAAACCUUGGAAUGUCUACCAUUAGAGCCUUCUGCCAGUGGCCCCAGUUUAGUAGAGGAGAGUCAUCUAGAUGAUGUCAAAUACAUGCCAAGCAAAGAGCUACAGACAAAGAGCACACAAGAGGAACCCUCCACAGAAGAACAAGAUACCAUAACAAGACUGUGAUAACCAUCUGUACAUACACAUAUUUUAAGUGCAUUUGGAAUGUUUAAUAAUUCCUUACAUGACUGAUUUAAGCAUUGUCACUUUGGGGUAUGAUGACAGUUUAUACAGAUAUGAUCAUCUAUAGGGAUUAGAAUGCCAGUAGGGAUUGUGUGAUUUGCCAAUGAACAGUUUGCUAAUGGAGACUGUCUUGGAAUUUAUGUUUUUUUUUUAAAAUCCAUAGUUACUAUCAGUAUAAAUAUAUAUCCAUAUAAAUACCUUCAUUUGCUAGACUAUGCAAAAUAAUCCUUUUGACCGCAUUGAAGAAAGAUGGUAAAAAAUAUUGUAAGUUAUUUCUUGUAGGCACCUACUGUAGUGUAUUGAUGAAACUGUUCUUUACACGGAAUUAGACUUGAAGCUCAGGGAAUAUUAGAGAACAUGCUUUGUACAGCAUGUUUCAUUGUGUAUUGCACAAUCUAUAUAGGAGCAAAGGGUAUGAUCUAUAAAUAAGGUGGAGCCUCACUUUAUAUACUGUAGUUCUCAUUGUUUUUCUCGGGGAGAAGAAAAUAAUGUGGAGGGUAUUCAAAGACUUUGUAGACCAUCCCUGUUAUUGGAUGGUCCGUAUCUUCAAGAUAAUGUAAUUAUACUAACAUUUGCUUCUUUCCACGAAUUAGAAUGAAAAUGGGGAGUUUAUCUUUUGAAAGGUAGUUGGGACAAAUCCUGCAGAAGACAACUAUUAUAGGAACAAAAGAAUGACUCCUCUUCUUUUCCUCUGUACUAAUUUUGAGAAUUAAAAAUAAAAUGUUUUAUGUUUAGUCA